AUGGCUAUUCAGGCAUCCCAGAUUAAGAAGCAAGUCAAGUUGAUAGAAGACGAAAGAACAGCUCUCGGAAGGGUGAAAUUCUCCGUCUACAUGGCCUACUUCAAAUCCAUGGGCAUUAUACGCUAUUUUGUUCCCUUUGUAAUCACACUAACUCUCAACUCCGUGUUUAUAAUGGCAAGAAGUUUCUGGCUUACUGACUGGUCCAAUGAUAACACACCUGGUGCGGAUGCAAGCAUGGCCAAGCCAUUAGGUGUGCGUUUGGGAGUUUAUGGUUUGAUUGGAUCUCUCGAAGUUAUAUUCCUCUACCUGGCUCUUACCUCAUUAAUUCUUGGUGGAGUGGCAGCAUCCUUGAAACUGCACAAACCAUUGUUUCACAAUGUAUUACGUAGUCCUCUGUCAUACUUUGAUGUGACACCAUUGGGACGAUUUUUGAAUCGACUUGGGAAGGCAAGGACCAUACACUCUUAUUUUUAUAUACACACAGACAUGGAAACUGUAGACCUUCGUCUUUCAUCAAACUUCAGAUUUCUUGCCAUCGCAUUUAUGAAUGUAUGUAUUAUAGUUUCCGUUUCAACACCUCUAUUCGUCAUAGUCAUCAUCCCUAUCUUCAUAAUAUACGUUUUUAUUUUGCGCUACUUUAUCCCUUGCUCGCGUCAGCUACAAAGGCUAGUGUCGUUGACUAGAUCCCCUAUCUACUCACAUUUUGCUGAAAGCGUUCAAGGUGCUACAACUAUCCGUGCUUUUGGAUGGACAGGAAUGUUCAAAAAGCAAAAUAAAGAAAAGCUCGAAAGUCAUGUGCGAUGCUCAUAUUAUUCUCUUGUUUCUAAUAGAUGGUUGUCGGUACGACUAGAGCUUUUAGGAAGCACCGUAAUUCUUGCCACUGCCUUGCUCGCAGUAAUCUCACGCGAUUGGGGAACGAUUACGGCUGGUGCAAUUGGGCUGUCUGUCUCAUACAGUCUCAAUGUAAAGAGUACCAUUUUCUACACUUUUGCCAUAGAUUUAAACAUCAGGGCUUAA